AUGACGAUAAUGAUAGCAACAUGUUAAUCGUGCUAUCAACAUGUUUAUUGUGCUAGCAACAUCCUAGCAACAUGCUAAUCGUGCUAGAAACAUGCUAGUAACAUGGUAAUAAUGAUAGCAACAUGCUAAUCAUGCUAGAAACAUGAUAGCAACAUGCUAAUCAUGCUAGAAACACCCUAGCAACCACCCCAGGUACCCUAGCAAUAUGUUUUAUACCUACCUGUUUUUCUGAUAGACUGGAUUGCCUUGAAAACAGUCAUACUUUAAUCCUUUAAAACUAUUUUAAAUUCCAGACUACUUCAAACUAAAAACCUUCAGACUGCAAACUUUAAAAGAAAAAACUAUCUGGCUAGGCUUUUUCAAGCCAACUUAAAGUUUGUCUUCAAACUGUUCAAUCUAGUUAUUAUUAAUAUUAAUUGCAGUGAAGUCCCAGCUGUCUCGUUAUGUUCCAGCAGAGCCGACAUGGCUGAAGACGAGCCGAGUGAUGAAGAUGAUCCUCCAGAAGAGACCAACGUGUUCUGCACAGAGACAGUCGUUUGUGCCUCUCCAGACGUGACUUUACCCUCCGAUCUGGAUCUGGCCCGGUCGUCGAGUUCCUCAGCACUGAACAGCAGAGGGACAGGCAUCGUGGAUCAGAGCAGCAGCGGAGCAGCAGCAGUGCAUGUGUAUCAGGAGAUGCUGCACAUUUAUGAGAAGCUGCAGCAAUAUCAGCAGGAGAAAAGUGAUCUGGAAACAGCUCUGAAGCAGAAAACCAAAGAGAAUAAGAGAAUGAAGGCCAGUUUUGAUUCCAUGAAGGAAUUAAAUGAUUCUAUGAAGAAACAGCUUAACGAGGUCAGUGAGCAGAACAGGAAGUUGGAAUGUCAGUCGCGGAAAGUUCAAGCUCGACUGGAGAACCUGCAGAGAAAGUAUGAGUGCUUCACGACACACAGGAGCCGAGAGACAGCUGUUCCUAAAGCACACGACCCCAAACCCAGCAAACCUGAGAAACCUGCAUCAAAUAAAGCAGCAGGAAAGGCCGCUGCACACGGGCCGUCGCCGAGGCUGCUGGCGCUGCUGCUGGAUUGGCUGGUGGACGGUCAGCUGAUGGAGGUCAGAGACGGGCCGAGGCCUUCGCCGCAGGAGAGAUGCGCCAGGGUUCUGCCGAUGCUGGUGGAGCAGCUUCAUGGAGCAUCCGCUGCUGCUGCUGCGAUGGAGCCGUCUGCGUCUCUGCUGCUGCCGUCUCUGCUGCGCUGCAUCUACUGCUGUCUGCUGCGUCUGGAGCACAGCUCGCAGCAUGCUGUGCUGACCUCCACGCUGAGGAGGCUGGGUGAGGAGGUGUCUCGAGGAUCACGCGUCGCUCCGCUCUUCAAGAGCUCCUGUCUCCACACACGCUUCCUGUGCAGCCUCAUCAUCAUCAAGACCAUCAGUCAAGUGGACGUUCUGGCUCAGGCUGUGGAGGUUCUGUCCGGUGCGGUUCGUACCGAUGAAGGACAGGCUCUGUUCCUGGAGUACCAGGCUCUGCCGGCGGUUCUGGCUCUGCUGAGAUCUGGCAGUCCUGGUCUGCUGGCUCCGUCUGUGGAUGUCCUGCUGCAGAUGAGCGCAGAAUCACCAGGGACGCUGUCGGCGUUCCUGGAUCAGUGCAGCUUGGAGGACUUCUUCCGCUGCGCCUCGCUGUUCCUGCGUAACCCCCGUCUGGAGCCGCCGCUGCUGGAGAAGAUGCUCAUGCUGCUGCAGAAGCUCUCCGGCAUCCGGUCAGUCCCUCGCACUCAUCACGUGAAGAACAAGCGUCUGUUCGAAGCGUCGUCGCUGCAUUUGCUGCUGCAGGAGAUGCACAGGACCAGCGACCGCAGUCAAGCCUUCAUCAGCAUGAACCUCAGCUCCAUCCUGCUCAAUCUGGGCAUGCUCACACGCUCCUGACACACUAAACACUUCAUUACAUACACGCAUCUCCAGUCACUCGUGUUCAGGUGGGAGUUUCUUUCUUCAGAUGAUUUGCAGAAGGUCUCAGCUGCGAUCACACAAAACUAUCAGCUUACACUGAUGCUGUUACGAUACUUUGAUUUUGACAUUUGGAGUUUAGCAGUAUAAACCAUCAGAGAAGAGCCUUUUGUUUCACAGAAGAAAGAAAAUAACACAGGGUCGGAGCAUAAAUCAUUUCUUGAAACAUUUGUAGGAUAGUGAGGUUUUAUUUUUUUGUAUACAUUGAAAUAAUGAAUUUUGAUGUUUUAUACUGUAUACAACAACUUAAUAAAUUUUAUUUAAUUAAAUUGCCUCUAAUUAGUGGUGUGCCUGGUU